AUGGUUCUGUCAAAUGAGUUGAAUGUUGUCCUGAUCAAGCUGAAAGGUGCGAUCUACGAAGAGGAUUUGGGGCUGUUUCCGGAGCUUUGUAACGACUUGGUUGAUACGUUCGUCGACAGUUAUAAGCAUUGUCGCAUUGGGACGGAUGUUGUUGUAAGUAGAGAAAGCUUAGUAAAGAUCAUACAAUCUGUUCACUAUAAUGAAAGCUUUAUUAUCCUUCGACAGACUUCCUCUUGACAUAUUAUAGUUAUCUUCUUUUUUGCCACAUUAUGAUAGAUUUCUUCUUGAUAAGGUUGUGAUAAACUUCUUUUUUUUGCCACAAUUUAUUUGACGCAAGAUUAGCCAAGCACGUAUCUUAACUAAUUUUUUCGAACUUUCAGGAAUCCCUAAAAGCCCUGACCCAAUGGCUGGACGUUCAGACCAUCGAAAACACUGUAAAUAUUGAAACGGGUAUUGAUCUGAUUGAAAACCUAAAAUCAACAAUAAAUAAUGAAGCUACAGAAGAAGCAGAAGCUACGGAUAAAGAAGAUGAUCUCAUAGAAGCUGAAGACAAACUCGCUGGCAUUGACGAGCUGGUAAAGCAGUUAACUUUAAGGUAAGGGAGUUUUGAAGGUAUCAAAGACUUAAAUUAUAAUUUUUCUACCUCUUAAUAUAACACUGAGAAUACUGUCAAUAUAAAACUCAAAUCUUUUAGAAAUGUCCCUCGUUUCGAGCCAGAAAUCCCAGAAUUCUCGUCGGAUUCAGAAGACGACGAUUCAGAUAUCAAAGUCAGCGAACUGAACGAACAACGAGUUGAAAAGAAAGGUUCUCAAACAUCAGAACACGAGGUGGAGAAACACACAGACGGCAGAACUGUCACCACCAAAAAGUUCAGCACUUCAUCUUCAAGCAGAACCAGUCAGACAGUGAGUUACCUCAUGUGAAUACGAUAAUAUAGGUCUUAAUUUUUAUUUACCGAGCCAAAAUUAAAUCAUACGCAGACGAUCAGUGUCAUUUUUAACAACCUUAAAACCCUACUUUUACCACAAUUCAAUUUUUUGCCAAAAACAAGCAAUUUAGCCGUGUAUAGACCAAUUUCAAACGGUGAAUCUAUUGUAAUAUAACAAUAUGUCCUAUUUUACAGAGAACAAUCAAAAUAUCAGGAUCAGCAAUACCUGAAGACAUACUAAAAAAACUGCAAAACGAAAAACUAGACUUUGAUGGAGAUGAAACGGAAGACAAAGAAAUCACCAUCCCCAAUAACAUGAACAUCAUGGACAGCGAUCUCAGCGACAAUUGCCACUCAAAAACCAAAACAGUCCAACAUAAUGAAGCGGUUUUACAGUAAGUAUAAAAAAUACCUUAAAAUGACUUACCUUGAUGUUUAGAGCAGUUACUCGACAAGCGAAGACCAAUGGACGGAUAAAGAUGGAUCAACACAGCCAGAAGUUGGACAUGAUCGACUUGAAUGCUAAACAAAUCGAUUAUUUUGAAGUAUGUCAAGCAUAAUUUAUUAACAUCUACAAAAAAAGCCACGUAUUUUACAAAACAAUGUAAAACAGAACAAAAAAUUGUUUUUAAAACUAUAAAACCGGUCAGAGCUACGAUAUUUUCUAAAAUUUCUAGAAAAUGUGUCAUUAUGAUAUUUUGAAAUUUUUUUAUUUUUUAGGGCGAAAGACUUAUCGAUCGCCAUGGCGGAGGAUUAUACCAAGAACGGUCAAUAAUACAGAAUAAAAUCAAUGAUCAUAAAGAAGAAUACGAGAUUCUGUUACCCGUGAAACGAAUAGCACAUCAAACGGUUAAGGUAAGGGCUUAUAUUGCGUUGUUUUUUGUUUUAGGACAAGAUUUUUGAUGUUAUCUGUGGUGUUGCUUUAAAGCAUUAAGCCUUUGGGUCGUCCAGAUGUUUUAGAUUAAUUUAAAGAUUUUUUUCAAUAAUUUCUUAGCUAAUUUGUUCAUUUUUUAUUGUUCGCUCUAAAAUUUUUCAUAUUGUUCUAGACGAUUGAAGAUAAUGAGCGAAAAGAUGGUUAUUUCAAAGCUGUUGCGUUGGAAUCGUACAUCCAAUUGAACGACAACUUAAGGGUAUAUGAGGAACAGAAACAUACACAAAUUCACUAUGCAUUUGGACUUUCUGGAGUUAAAACAACAGAUCAGAAAGAAUUAUUGGCUUUGAUGUGGGAUGAUGAAGAUAAAGCUGUGGAAGUCGAAGAAGAAGAGCAAGCUGACAUUCCUAAUGCUUUACCUGAACGUACAGAUGUCCUUGAAGCGCUUGAUGCUACUGAAUACUUGAUUUUGAGACAGAAACAGAAUCAAGAGGUAUGGAUAUUGUUUUAGGUUUUUUUUGUGUUUAGGUAACACUUUGUAAAUUUUAGUUGCUGUUUUUAAGUGGUACUUAUGAGAUGGUAAUUAUGAUUUGAUCCCAAAUUUUAUCUUCUAAUAAUGGUCAUUUCACUUGAAUUUUGGAUUUUAGGUCUACGCUGGGCCAGCCAAUGCUCUUAUUGUACAUUCUACUCAUCCUAAGAGCUCUUUGUUGUUUCAAGAAGCAUUUUUGUUUACUUUUCCGGGUUUUAUCGAUUCUUCUGAACUUAUAAAGAAGUUGCUACACAGGUAUGUACAAAUCUUUUGGUUUUUUGAACUUUAGGUACUUAUAGUUAACAAAAUUAAAAGUUAAAAAUGAAUACACUGACCGCAUCAUAUUUUAACAAAAUCGUAUUUAAAGCCAAAGAAAGGGUCAUUUUUGACACGAUUUUUUAUAGGUUUUCCUACAUGAACACGUUAGAUACUGAAGAUUAUCGAAGGGCAGCGAAGCAGACUUUUUCAUUGUUGGCCAGAUUGUUAAAUCACAUAGGAUUAAUGGAGUUUAGAGCCGAAUUUCUUACACAAAUUAAUCAAUUUAUAUCAAAGUUGUUGAAUCUACGGUAUUUCGAUGCUGCUCGGUUGUUAAGGUAG